CUCUGGAGAGCCCAGAGCGGCGGCCGGAGCCGGACAGAGCGAGUGCUCCUCCGGACGCCUCCCUCGCUCCCCGCAGCCCCGGGGUUGCUGCGCUGGGGGCUGCUGCAUCUCCUGUAACCUCUUCCUCCAGCGGGUGCCUUGGGGACCAUGCCUUCGCCUCCCUCACUCGUCCUCCUGCUGCUGGUGCUGCCGGGGGCCGCGGCGAUGCGAGGCACGGCCGGGCAGCCUGGAGGUAGGACGCUGCCCCGCAUCGCCCCGGAGGUGCGGCUGCGCCGAGGCACGGUGGAGGACUCCAAAUCGGUGCAGCAAUACGUGCCGGGGGUGCGCGUGGAGUUCCCCCGGCCCAUCAACUCCGCCAGCCUGCACCCCACCAAGGCCCUGGUGCCCUCCAGCACGGACCCCGCGGAGCAGCAGCGAGGGGUCCCCACGGACGGGCAGGGGGUCGAGCCCCGAGCCAACCUCACCACGGUGUCCGACAGGAGGCUGCAAAUCCAGAACCCGCUGUACCCGGUGACGGAGAGCUCGUACAGCGCCUACGCCGUCAUGUUCCUGUCCCUCAUCGUCUUCGCCGUGGGCAUCAUCGGGAACCUCUCCGUGAUGUGCAUCGUGUGGCACAACUACUACAUGAAGAGCGCCUGGAACUCCAUCCUGGCCAGCCUGGCCUUCUGGGACUUCCUCAUCCUCUUCUUCUGCCUGCCCGUGGUCAUCUUCAACGAGAUCACCAAGAAGAGGCUGCUGGGGGACAUCUCGUGCCGCAUCGUGCCCUUCAUGGAGGUGUCGUCGCUGGGAGUCACCACCUUCAGCCUCUGCGCCCUGGGCAUCGACAGGUUCCACGCGGCCACCAGCCCGCAGGCCAGCGCCCGGCCCAUCGAGCGGUGCCAGUCCAUCGUCGCCAAGCUGGCCGUCAUCUGGGUGGGCUCCAUGACGCUCUCGGUGCCGGAGGUCCUGCUCUGGCAGCUGGCGCAGGACACGUCGCCCGUGUCGGGCGCGGUGUCGGAGUACUGCACCAUGAGGCCUUCGGCCAAGCUGCCCGAGUCCGUCUACUCGCUGGUGCUCACCUACCAGAACGCUCGCAUGUGGUGGUACUUCGGCUGCUACUUCUGCCUGCCCGUCCUCUUCACCGUCAGCUGCCAGCUGGUGACCCGCCGGGUCGGCGGCGGCGAGAAGAAGGCCGAGAGCCGAGGGACCAAGCACGGGCAGUGCGAGAGGCACCUGAACUGCACCAUCAUCGGGCUGGCCGUGGUCUACGGGCUCUGCGCCACCCCCGAGAACGUCUGCAACAUCGUGGUGGCCUACAUGUCCCCCGACGUGUCCAAGCAGACCUUGGACCUGCUCGGCCUCAUCAACCAGUUCUUCCUCUUCUUCAAGUGCUCGGUGACGCCCGUCCUGCUCCUGUGCCUCUGCCGGCCCCUGGGCCAGGCCUUCAUGGACUGCUGCUGCUGCUGCUGCGAGGGCUGCGGGCCCGACGCCGCCUCCAGCGAGGGCAGCGCCGACGGCAAGCUCAAAACGGAGAUGUCCUCCUCCAUCUUCUUCGACAAGCCCCGGGAGUCCCCCCCGCCCCUCCUGGCCCUCGGCACGCCGUGCUAAGCGCCGCCCCGGGGGUUGUAGAGAUCGUUUUGCCACCUCCUCCCGAGACCAAACGUCGUCGUUUUAGUGCCCGUGUCUGGACGGGGAGCAAAGCAAGAAGCAGCAGCUCAGGGGCUGCGCCGGGGGGUUGGGGGGGUUCCGACCCUGUGUUGGGCGGGGGGGGGGGUCCUGUCCCCAUGGCUGUGUCCGGAGGCCAGGAGGCCAGCAGCACCCUCCGUCCCGCACCCUCCGUCCCGGCUGCCCGGCCGGGCUCAGGGGGUGCUGCUCCGGCGAUGGGAGCUGCCGCAGGAAAGGUCCCCCCCCGAUACCAAGGAGGGUUCACAGAGGACUUUUAGCAGACGCAACCUGCCCUCGUCCUGCCCCGUCCCCUUCCACCGCAGGGGAAGGUCCCAGCCACCAGGUCCCGGCGGGUCCCAGCAGUGCCCUGUAAGAGCUCAAUAAACCAGUAAGCUAGAGCA